AUGCAUUUAGCAGAUGGUCGUCUUGAGAGAUUCCAGCAAGAUGGCUUAGUGACGUUACAAGAGGAAUUACGAUCAUUGUUAGAUGUGCGCCACAGACAGCGACGUGCUCAUGCCCUCGAUACAAAACUCUUUCGGGAUGAAAAAGGCUACUACAGACUGAUGGACCUUGAUAGCAAUGUGAACACCAUCCUGAAGUCCUUUGCUGUCCCUUCUAAUGUCAUUUCCAUGGUGGUAUUUGAGCACCAGAAUUUCCUCUUCUGGUUUGUCACGGAAAGCUUCACCCACAUUAACUUUGGACGCCUUCACGUCUAUGCUCUUCACAUGGAUUACCAGCUAUUGACAACAUCAGUCAACACAAUGGGGGCCACCAAAUGUGUACCAGUUUUGCUGAUGGACAGCUUUGUAGAAUUUGUGUGUGUGGAGUCCCAAGGGGAACAGGCCAUGGAUAAGACCAGGGUUGGCUGUGGGAUAUACAGGAUGACGUGGGUGGACGGUAUAUCAGUUGUAUUCCACAGGACUUUACGGACUAAUGGUGCCCAGGAUGUUGCCAUAUGGGUUCUUGGAGGUUACACUUACUUAGCAUUUGCAAAUUCAUAUGACCAUAUUAGAAAGACUGGUGAGAUUUCCAAUGUUAUCUUCAGAAUGCAGACAAUGACUCUGGAUGGCGAGGUUUACACCACUUAUGAUAGGCUCGAUAGUGCAUCAUUUGGCAGUAUGAAUGCACGAGGAGUUGUUGCCUUCAAAAUUGUAUCGCGCCAGUUUCUAGCCAUUGCCAACCAUGCUGAUGAUUUAGGGAAUGUGGAGAUAGACAGUGACAUAUUUGUAUACGAUUUGGACCAUGCAAGACUGAGGCCCUUCCAGCGUGUUCGCACCAGUGGUGCCAGAGACUGGGCAGCCUUCAGCUUUGUUAGUGGGCCAAAUGCAGAAUAUUUCUUGGCUGUAGCUAAUGAAUAUAAAUAUGACAAAGCUGGAAACAAAAACUUUGAAGUCGACUCGGUGAUCUACAAGUACGAUGAUGGCAAGUUUGUUCCAUUCCAGUGUAUACGAACCUUUGGAGCCCGGGAGUGGGUGGUGUACCAGGGCCCAAAUGGAGAGUUUGUAUUGGCAGUGGUCAACAGCCAGGCUGGCAUCUUCUUCUACCAAUACAAUGGUUGGAGAUUUGUCCUUAGUCCUUUUAAGGCUUCUAGAGCAGGUGUAGAACGAGCCUGGAUCAGCUGGGUGCCCAAGACCUUGAAUGAGGUGGUCCUUGCCGUUGUUAACCCAUUCGAGGAGCCAAGCCGACCUCUGGUGUAUUAUUUGAAGUUCGAGCACAGGAAUCCUCUAGCUACCUAUCACAGCGAAAGCCUUCAAUGGUGCGAGUCCUACAAGAGCGUAAUGGAUGAUGGACUAAACCAUUUAGUGACACGUGUUCGUAAUGCUCCAAAGACUAAUGGAUCUUUUACUUUCACUCAACCUGUGAAUAUUCAUGGUAAUCUGGUCUUACAAGCAGGACCCUACCUGUCCAGAAUGAGAGUUAUCCAUGUGAGGGGCCAAGACUACAGUGUGAACUUUAACUUCAGUAGCUUUACUGGCCGUGUGGAAGAUGUAAAUGAAGCCUUCCAAAGAAUUGCUAAAGCUCGAACUACAGUUGCACUCUCCAAAAAGGUCACCCGUCCAGACCUGAAUGGUCUUCACUUCUCUAAUGUGGAGUUCCAGUGUAAGACUAGUGGCAUUGUUGGCUGCAGGGUGGACAACUUGCAGGCCGAGAGAAUUAAUGGCAUAAGUUCCUUAUUUGAAGAGGCAUUGAUGUUAGACCAGAAUGCUGAACUUUUCAAUCUGAGUUUUGCCAAUGUGGAAGUGACAGGUGGGGCUGUAGCUGAAGUUGCCUACCUAAGUGGUCCAGGCUUCCCACGGACUCCCAUUACAGAACUAGUCACCCUCUCUGGCAGUCACCACAUUGUUGGGCAGAAGACUUUUGGACUCCUUAAAGCGAAUGAAUUGAGGGUAUCUGGGACAGUUGAUUCUGUUUAUGUUGAUGAGAAGAAUCUUUUGCUAACUGUAAAGGAACAGAUAAUUAGUUCCAGUCUGACAGUGGAGACUAUUACAACACCCCACAUCCAAACUCUGACUCUUAAUGGCAGAGACUUCAGCCAGUUCCAUAGGAUGCUUGUCCUGAACAAUACUAACCAACACAUAAUGGGCCCUCUAGAUGUGAGUGGGGACUUGAUAGCUCGAUUUAUAAGAACGAGACAAGCACUGACACCUGUGGACCCUCGUACAGUGAUGGAUAAGGCUCUCUUCCAUAAUACAGAAAGCACACAGGAAAUAACAGGUGCUCACACGAUUGGAAGUUUGACUGUCCAGCGUGGCCUGACAGUGCAAGGUCGGAUCAAUGGAGUAGCUGUGCCAGAGGAAGUAUUUUUGAGGGACCGCAGCGAGACGAUUACCCAACCCGCCACUUUUGAGAACAUUCGUGCAGAUAGUGUGAUCGUCAGGAGGGCUCUUGGUGACAUUAGGGUCAGGGAUGGUGAGUUAGACUUGUUACUGCUGAAUGGAGACCAGGAAGUAUUUGCCAAGAAAACAUUUAGCCGGAUGACUGUCCUUGGUCACUCGACAGUUUCUCGAACGGUGUCUGGGUACAAGAUUGAAGACUUCCAGAAGAUGCUAAUAUCCAACUUUGUGAAAGGUGUAAAUUCUGGUCGCAAGAUUUUGGGAUCGGUGGCAUUCUUGGAUGACCUCCAGUUAACAGAAGGGGUUUUGGAUGGUGUCAGAAUUUCGGACAUUCUCAACUAUGCUAUACCCCUUAAUACUAACAACAUAUCCACAACAGUGAUUUUUGAAGAUCAUGUUAAGGUUGUUGGAGAUAUCAGUGUAACUUCACAGUUGAAUGGAAAGAAACCAAAAGACUAUGUUCUAAAAGGAGUGCCGCAUAUCUUCACCAGAGAUGUCACCUUUACAUCAGAUCUAAAAGUUGAAGGGAAUGUUAAUGUGCAAACUGUGAAUGGAUUUGACUUGGAUCAACUGGUAUCCCAGUUUGUUAUGAGGGAUAAGGUCCAGAAUAUUGUUCAGGAUGUGUACCUCUACAACCCAGAGAUAAUGGAGUUGACAGUUCAAGGAAAGGUUCAUAUCGACGGUAUAGAUUUAGAUGAUGUCGUCACCCUAGACUCGACUGCCAUCAUAACAGGUGCCAAGACUUUCACUGCUGUGGAUGUUAUAUCCCAUGUGACAGCAGGAGCAGUGGAACUUGCCCCAUUUGGCACAGUGGACGAUGUGAUAGUUGAUGAUCUCUUCUUUGACAACUCGUUGAGGAAAACCGGAGGAAGUGUGCAACAUCUGGUAGGAAGGUCCUUGAAUGUUUUGAUCACAUCGUCUGUUACGGGAACAGACUUUGCUGCCUUUGAGAGGAGUAUUGUUUACAAGGACAGCACUAUAGAACGUAUUGCUGGUUCUUUGACAUUUACUGGUCCAGUUUCUGUCCAGGAUUUGACUUUUAGUGAACUUGUAGAUGAGAAAAUGUUUAACAUGCAAAGUACUUAG